ACUUAUAUUUUGCUCUCCCGUUGCAGAAUGAGUGAGUUCCAUGAAAUUGAACUCCAAGUCCGGGACUAUGAAUUGGAUCAGUACAGUGUUGUAAACAAUGCUACUUAUGCAAGUUAUUGCCAACAUUGUCGUCAUGAGCUUCUAGAAAGGAUUGGCAUAAGUGCUGACGAAGUGGCACGCAAUGGUGACGCAUUAGCACUAACAGAGCUGUCACUUAAGUAUCUAGCACCUCUAAGGAGUGGAGAUAGAUUCGUGGUGAAGGUGCGAAUAUCCGACUCUUCAGCUGCUCGUUUGUUUUUCGAACACUUCAUCUUCAAACUUCCAGAUCAAGAGCCCAUCUUGGAGGCAAGAGGAACAGCGGUGUGGCUUAAUAAAAGUUAUCGUCCUGUCCGAAUUCCUUCAGAGUUCAGAUCAAAAUUUGUUCAGUUCCUUCGCCAGGAGGCAUCUAACUAAUAUAUUUGUUACAAAAUAAAGAAAAGUUCUUCUGAUCAAAGAUUUUUCUGAGGUGCAAAUAAUUGCUCUAUUCUUAAUACUGACCAAAAAGGCAAAAGAUAUAGCAAUGUAUAGAUUUUCCUGGGUUAAUAUCACUUUUUGGUCACUCAAUUUCUGAGAAACCCUGAAUUUGGUCCUUGUAAUAUCUAAGCACAUUUGAUCUUCAGUUAAUUGAAACAUGCACUUUUGAUCC